AUGUCUGCCAAACCUCCUUAUGUCGUACAGCCGACCGUACCAGCCACCUCUCCAGACCGGUCCGCUACCUUGAUCUUCCUACAUGGCUAUGGCGAUGACGCUGAGGGCAUACCGCUUGGUCUGGCACAACAGUUUCAGUUCUACAACAAGGCACAAUACCUUAAGUGGGUACUACCAAAUGCUCCUCGCAACCAAGAAGCGAUGACACAAGCCUGGUACAUUCCAAAGGCACUACCUAACGCGAUGAAGCCACGCGUGCCUGGAGAAGCAGAUGAGGCGGAUGCAGCUGAUGAUGAGGAAGGGAUAUUAAAAAGUGUUGCGGUGCUCGAUGAUUUGGUUGAACAAGAAAUCAAGAGCGGUACGCCUCCCGAGAGGAUCCUUGUCGGAGGAUUUAGUCAGGGAUGUGCCAUUAGUCUUGUCUGGGGUUUGACGGGAAGGCUGAGAAAUAAAGUUGGAGGUGUUAUGUGCUUGAGCGGAUACUUGCCCCUACGAGAUCGAAUCGAGGCUUUAAGGAAAGAGAAUCCUGUGGAAGAUGCGGUCACUGCGAAAAAGUGGUUUUACGUGCAUGGAACCACAGACAUGCUUAUUCCAACCAAGUUAUUCGUUCAAGGAAAUGAGGAGUUGAUGAAAUGGGUGGACAGGGACGACAUCGAUGGGCAUCUCUACCCAGGACUGGGGCAUUCAACUGGGGCAGCUGAAUUGCGGGAUAUGUUGGCAUUUUUCAAUAGAGUCAUCCCAGAAUGA